AUGGCCUGGAUUGGCAAUUCCUCCUGGUUUAAUCACCUUGCUCUACAGGAGCAUUUCAGGAGGUACUUAAACAGCACUGAGGAUUAUUUAGCCUUCCUAUGUGGGCCCAAACGCAGCCAUCUGUUCUUGCCCAUGGCUCUGGUGUACUCUGUGAUCUUUAUUGUUGGGGUGAUCGGUAACUUUCUGGUUUGCCUGGUGAUCCUUAAACACCGGAACAUGAAGACCCCAACCAACUACUACCUCUUCAGCCUCGCUGUCUCAGACCUGCUUGUGCUACUUUUUGGGAUGCCACUGGAAGUCUACGAGAUGUGGAGCAACUACCCCUUCCUGUUCGGUCCCAUCGGCUGCUAUUUCAAGACAGCUCUCUUUGAGACGGUGUGCUUUGCCUCCAUCCUCAGCGUGACCACAGUCAGCGUGGAGAGAUACUUUGCCAUCCUCCAUCCCUUCCGUGCCAAGCUGGAAAGCACACGCAAGCGUGCCCUGAGGACCAUCAUGGUGCUCUGGGUCCUCUCCGUCCUCUUUGCCCUCCCCAACACGGGAACCCAUGGUAUCAUGCUGCAGUAUUUCCCCAACGGCACCCUGGUCCCUGGCUCUGCCACCUGCACUGUGGUCGUGCCCAUGUGGAUCUACAACUGGAUUGUCCAGAUUACUUCCUUCCUCUUCUAUGUGCUGCCCAUGGGGGUCAUAAGCGUGCUGUACUAUCUGAUGGGGCUAAGACUGAAAGGAGACAGAUCUUUGGAAGCGGAGGAAAUGUCUGUGAAUGUUCAGAGGCCAUCCAGAAAAUCAGUCACCAAGAUGCUGUUUGUCCUCGUGAUGGUUUUUGCUGUCUGCUGGGCUCCAUUCCAUAUAGAUCGGCUCUUCUUCAGCUUUGUUGUGGAAUGGACUGAACCUCUGGCUAAUGUAUUCAAUUUAAUUCAUGUGGUGUCAGGUGUUUUCUUCUAUCUGAGCUCUGCCGUGAACCCCAUCAUCUACAACCUCCUGUCCCAGCGCUUCAGGAUGGCGUUCCUCAGCGUCAUCUCCCCUGGCUGCAAGCACUGGGCUCCUAAGCAUGCUGCCAGCAAGACCCCUGCCCAGCAGAGCAUCUUCGUGAUCGAAGACCACAAUCUCGUGGACUCUGCAGAAGACACAAGCGUGCCUGGCACCAACAGGACAUCUGUCAGCAGUUCUCAGCUCUCCACUGGUCUGUGAUUUGCCACGGUGCGAUGCAUCUGAGAGAGGGAAACUGAAGAAAAUGACUGUGGGAAAUAGAAAGGGAAGACAACCUCCUGGAAGACUGAUUUCAGCAAGACGAGCUCACAGACUGCCUUGUUGAAUGAAUGAACGAGGAGACUAAUUAGCGGGUUAUUAAUCAUAGAACCACAGAAUGAUUUGGGUCAGAAGGGACAUUUUUACCAUCCUCAAGCUAACGGGAAGGCUGGAAAUCUCAGCUUCCUGGCUGCAAACUCCGCAGCAAAAAUCUGCUCUACAAAACUACACACUCCCAAUGCUACCAGCACAGAAGAGACAAAGCUUAUCCAAAUCUUACCCAGUAGCCUUCUUGUGCACCAGCCUAAAGGUGAGCUCUUACUCAGCUUGAACUGGGGCAACUUUCUGGACAAGCCUCACCUGGCCUCUUCUGGCUUAGGGAAGCUGCUCUCAUUUAUCUCUCCCGUAACCUUGAGAUGCAGCUGUUGCAAGCUUCUCUUGGCAAUAUGAUCGAGUUUAUAUGAAUGAGCCCUGGGCUGAGCUGAUAAAUGUCAGGCACCAGCAUCCUGAAACUACUAUUUCUGGGCUAAAAGAAAGAGGAACCAAAAACUACAUAAAGCAACCGUUUGCAUUCUGAGCUAGGUAAAUACUGUGUGUGUGUGUGACUGAUUCCUCAAAUCACUUUGUCAAAACUACCCCAACAUGGGCCAUUUUUAAAAAGCCUAGGAGUUGCUGCUGUACCUCCUUACACUAUGGUUGGCAAUAGUCACUCAGUGCUGAAAUAGUACGUGCAUGCCACAAAUCUGUCUGCAUUACCUGUGAAAUGACCACUCCUGGAGGCUGAGGAUGUUCCCCUGUCUGAAAUGGGGAUACUGGGGGUAUCUCAAAGGUCUGGAGCCUUCACAGGUUAGUUCUGUGUAUCAGACGAAUUUAUUUUUGUCCACCUGACUGAGUUGAGUCUCACUGAGUACAAGUGGGCUAUGGUUGGUCUCUGCUAUGCUCCAUGCCCUGCAGUUUGCAACAGCUUCUUAUCCUUGCUUGAAUUUCUGUUGCUUAUGUGCUGGCUCUGCAGCAAAGCCCUGUGGCUGUGCUUCAGCAAACCCCACACCUGCCCAUGGUGGACUGCAGAGGUCAGAGAUCUAUGAAGGUUUAGCAACCACCAGGGAACAGCCUGAAAAGCAUGAAAUUAGGGCAAAUCUGCAGGAUCAGAGAAGUUGAUAUAAAGGCAAUUUUAAAAAAAAGGGUAUUUUGCAGUGAUUUUGCAUCUAAUGAAUUCAGGUUUUGCCACAAAGAACAAUAUAAGGUCUAGAAAACUCUUCUGCACCCCAGUCAUGCAAAAAGACCUUGAAGGCAGCGCACUUACAUCCAAGUUGAUGACUUCAUGAGCUCUGCUGGAUGCAAGGUGAGGACCCUAAGGAGUUUUGGGGAAGGAGGCCAAGAUGAAUCCUUCACAUGAGAAAGAAUUUUAUAAAUUGCUGUACCUCAAGUUUCAAAGCACAUUUGCUGUGUUUCAGAGAAAUGCCUCUCUUGUGAAUCAUGGCACAGGGGUGGGUUUAGCCAGCGUGACAGGCUCAGGUUGGGCAUGGAAAAUCAUCCUCUGUGUGCCAUCAAGGGGCUGGGACUUCCAUGAAGAGUCAUCACAAGGGAUAAGGACAUCAGCUUCUGAAAGAUGGCAUACUGUGUGUGUCAUCAAAGCUUAUUCCAGUCUGGUCACUGGGGAUCUAGAUGACAUUUCCCACCAUAGGAGGAAUGGGUUAUUCCCUUACUAUGAUGAGCUCUUACCCUGCUUCCCCAAAAGUCUUUCAUUUUGCUUCUGCCUGCUGGUUGCAGUGAGACCUGGGGGUCACACCAUAGCUGGUGACUCCCAUUUCCCUGCAGCUCGGGGGGAAUUUUAGCCCAUGUUUCCUAGCAAAGCCAUUUUACCAGCUGCAGUCUUGAGAAACAACCAUAGAGAAGGUAACAGACACGCACCAGGCCUUGGAGAGAAAAGACAAUUCCUGCUCCCUAAAGACACAGCAGAAAUACUUUGCCACCCCCAAGUGGACACUCAAGCACUUCCCAGCGGUAGCCGGCUUUGCAUUAUCAUUCUUCCCUCUACCAGUCAAUAAAUUAAGUCUGUUUUCCUACUCCCAUUGAGGGGCUGGGAUUUCCUCCCUCACCCUACACAGCACCUGUGCACCACCCUAACCAAGCCCAGAGGAUCCACCCGACCUGCAUGCCACUGUCUUCUGCACUGUCCUAGACCCCAAACCACCAAAGAGAGAGUGUAGUUGAACUUACUCACACGUCCAUCAUACGACAGAGACACUCCUCUGCAAUGUUCUGUGGCUGUUAGAAUGCAUCUCAUUCAUUUAGGACCAGAUAGUGUCUUGUGUUCUCCUCCCUUCAUGGAAGGUCACAACCUUGGCUACAAAGCUCAAGGAUGACAAAUGCAUCUCUGACUUGUGAGCACACAGCCCUACAGGCAAGAGGGGAAGCUGCAGGGUGAAGAUUUUGUGUGAUCUUACAAAAAGUGGCCACAUUUCUUCUCCUAAGGAGAACAAAAGGCUUUAGGAGAGGGUGGAAGUGGUGGGAAUAAAAAGCGUGAGUGAAGAGGGAGAUUUCUGAAAGAGAAGAACUGAGAACUCACCUUCAGUUCUCAACAAAGUAUCUUCUUUUUGGCCUAAAAGCAGCUUCUAGCACAUCAAGUUUAGCAUUGCUUGAAAGAAGUCAUGCUUGUAACCAAAAAUUAUUGAGCUUUUUUGACCAAAAAACAAAAGUAAAGAUGAAACCAUUUAGCCUUGCAUCAACCCAAGCAUUCUUUGAAAACGUCACUGGGGGACAUACUGAAAUUCUGCUAAGUUUUGUUAAAAAAAAAUAAAAUAAAUGCAAUGACUAAAAUACAUGCAGUGAACAAAAUGCGGGCUGGCUUGGGGAUGAAUGCCCCAAAUUCUUUUUUCUGAGACAGCACAGCUCAGUGCCCAGCUCGAUCCUGAGCAAGGGCUCCUAAAGGGAAGUCCAUGCAUUUUGUCCCUAGGAAGUGUUCGAUGUCCACUGGUAGCUUUUCUCCCCAAGAGGUCGGUGUCUGAGUGUUAUUUAUCACUCUGUUCUGUUGUUUACCGUGGCUUGGAAGCUGGCUACAAAUGUGAAAAUACUGGGAAGAUGGAUAGACAUGUCAGGAAAGCCCAUGAUACUCCUUUAUUUGUACGUUUAGCACUUCCAUAGCCGAGUGCUGAAAAAUGCUGGUAAAUGGCUGAGAUCAACUCCUGCUGCAAGAAAAAGAGUUACAACUCACUUUCCCCCAAAGUGUGAUGAAAAUAUAUUUAUUUGAAGUCAAGCGUGACUUCCUAGGCAGAACUACCUAUUGAUUUAUUUCUCUGCCUCUCUUCCCCUCUGGGAAACACGCAAGUGAAUGAGCAGAGGAGCGCAGGGCAAUGCUCCAGCACCGUGAGCAAAGCAUGGGCAGUUUGCAAUGUGUUGCAAGGAACUGCUUAAAGGAGAGAAAAAGUGCUUAAAGGAGAGAAGAAUUGCCUGCGUUGUAAAGAGAUACCCAGGUCCGGUGCCAAGUUCAAUACUGAAAAAGCAUCUUGACAGCCAA